AGGCCCGCCCUUUGUCGCGCCUCCAUUCGGCCAGUUCGGACCGCCGCCUAUGAACGCGACCAUCGAGGAUCUCCUCGCGAGGCUGGAGCAGCUGGAGGCCCGGGUCGACGAGCACAGUCUUUUCCCUGGCGCGUCUGCCGACGUCCUCUUCCUUCUUGUGGCGUCGCUGAACGUCUUCUUCAUGCAGUGCGGUUUUGGAAUGCUCGAGGCGGGCUCGGUGACUUCCCGCUCGACGCAAGCCAUCCUGCUGAAGAACCUGCUGGACGCGUGCCUCUCCGCCUUCAUCUGGUGGGUGGUGGGGCACGGCAUCGCGUUUGAUGGCACAAACGACUUCAUCGGCACGGCCGGCUCCGACAUGAGCUCAUUCUUCCUUUCCGGCUACGGCGCAGGCCCCGACUCGGGCUACCAUCGCGUCUUCUGGUGGUUCCAGUGGACCUUCGCCGCCGCCGCCGGCACCAUUGUCUCUGGCGCAGUGGCAGAGCGCGCGCAGCUACUCGCCUACCUGGCCUACACCUUCAUCCUCACCGCCGUCAUCUACCCCAUCAUCGUCCACUGGUGCUGGUCCGAGGCGGGGCGGGGAGACCCCCCCCCUUUAACCCCCCCCCCCCCCCCUCUCCCCCCCCCUCCCCAACCCCCCCCAACCCCCCCCUUCACCCCCCGAUAUGCGCCUCGCAGGCGCAUCGUCGUCAACACGACACUGUCCGCCGCCGGGUCCGGACUCGUCUCGCUCGCCAUCGCCACCCUUGGCCAGUGGCGCCGAGGCACCGUUCCCGCCAUCUGCAACGGCAUCCUCGCCGGCCUCGUCUCCAUCACCGCCGGCUGCGCGACGGUGCACCCCUGGGCGGCGCUCGUCAUCGGGAUGAUCGGCGGGCUCGUCUACCGCGGCUGCUCGCACUGUGUGCUCCACAAGCUCAAGGUGGACGACCCGCUCGACUCGUCGUCAGUGCACGGCGCGUGCGGCGCGUGGGGCGUGAUCGCCGCCGCGCUGCUCACCACGGAAGAGUUCGCCGCCGCCGCCGGUUACCAGCGGCGCGCGGGCCUCUUUUACGGCGGGGGCAAGCUGCUCGGCGCCGCGCUUCUGCAGAUGGUGUGCAUCCUCGCCUGGUCGGGCACCAACGCCGGCCUCGUCUUCUUGCUCCUGAAGAAGGCGGGCAAGCUGCGGCGGAGGGAGACCUACAUGGCCGCCGCCCCCGAGGAGGACCUCGACUCGUCCAUCCACGGAGGGGCCCCCCUGGAACCCGCCGAGCACGGCUCGGGAAACACGUCGCGGGCAGAGUCCGUCGACACCUCCGACCCCGUCAUCGAGAUGCCCGAUGCCACCCCAGACAAGGACCAGCCGGCCGCGUGAGCCGGCCGCCCCCACACACAUGCCGCAUAAUCCCCACGCUGCUAGACUCGCGCGGCCGCCGCAGCGAGCCCUUCUCGAUACUGUCGUCUGUACUGUCGUCUGUCGCCGGCCUCAUCGCACAUGGCCGUGCCUUCCCUACACAUGUCGUGACCUUUGUGCUUUGAUAGCGUGGCCGGGGCACCGAGCUGCGUCUGUGGUCAUUGGUCUGUUCCUGGGUUAGAGGUGGUGCAGGAAAUUCUCAGCCUCGCACGCACGCAUGUCGUCGCGCGGCCGUAUUGCAUAAGACUUUGCAUAAGACGU